ACACAGAGAAGCCCAUUGUUAUGAACUAUCAAUGGGCCCGGAAGACUUUGAUCACACUUGAGGAAACAAGUCCUUCUCACAAAAACUUGGACUAGUCCAGGAGAGCUAAAGCAGGCCUUCAAAAUAAGCUUCACGCUGUUUGUUGCGCCUUCAAAAGGAUGGAUGCUUGGAAAUUCUUGUGAUGUUCCCCCGUGUUAUUGUGCGCAUAUGUAUUCAGCACGCACAAGCAUCCGAGUGGACCUUACCCAAUGACAGUCGCUGUAUUUACAUUUUGCACGCGAGACUCAGUGGAGGGCCUGACGAGCUCGGAACGUCCUUCAUGAUUGGGUGGGAUGCUGAUUAUCUCGAUGACAUAGUUUGUUUGUGAUAAAACACUGCUGAAUGCGCAAAGUCCUGCAGGUUUAUCAAGUCUCCUACUGCUUUGCCACAUUCCCAUCAUCCCUUACAGGACCACUGCAGCCUCUCAGUGUGGCCUCUGUCUGCUGACCUUUCGGUCACACGAUGAAUGUAGAAAACAAACAACCACGUCAUGCUUGCUGUUCUAAGCUCAAGUUCUUCUUGUGCUCUCUGUCAUUCGUCUUCUUUGCCAAAGCCUUCGGUGGCGCGUACAUGAAGAGCUCCAUCACUCAGAUCGAGAGGCGCUUUGACAUCCCCAGCUCCCUCAUCGGGGUUAUAGAUGGCAGCUUCGAAAUGGGCAACCUUUUGAUCAUCGCCUUUGUCAGCUACUUUGGCGCCAAGCUUCACCGUCCCCGGCUGAUUGGUAUUGGCUGCUUGGUCAUGGCCAUCGGCAGCUUCUGUACUGCCCUGCCUCACUUCUUCCAGGGACCGUAUAAAUAUGAGACAAGUCUGACCCACAAUGUAAAUAACAUGACUGACAGCAUCAUGCCUUGUUUGACCAACGGCAACAUCAGUACUGCAGAUGAAACGCCCAGUGUCAAGACCAACAUAGGUUGUGAAAAGGUGGCAGGAUCAUCCAUGUGGAUCUACGUAUUCCUUGGAAACAUGUUGCGCGGUAUUGGAGAAACCCCCAUCAUGCCUCUGGGUGUUUCCUACCUGGAUGACUUCUCCAAACCGGAUAACACUCCCUUCUAUUUGGCCUGCAUUCAUACGAUAGGAAUCUUUGGACCCAUGUUUGGCUUCAUGCUUGGCUCUUUCCUUGCCAAGAUAUACGUGGACAUUGGAUUUGUGGAUUUAGACUUUGUGACCAUCACCUACAAAGACUCCCGCUGGGUUGGAGCCUGGUGGCUGGGCUUCAUAAUAACCGGCACUGUGGCUCUGGUGUCUAGUAUCCCAUUCUGGUUCCUGCCGAAAUCCCUGCCUAAAGAGGGUGAACAACAGAGCCAGAACAAAAAUGUAGAGUUCGCCACAGAGAAAGAACAACAGAAUUUCCUAGAAAACAACAACCAUCAGGAAAAAAAGAAGCCGGUCACAUUCAAAGAGAUGGCAAAAAAUUUCCUUCCAUCCCUGAGGAGGCUAUUCAGCAACAGUGUCUAUGUCUUGUUAAUCACUACCUACUUUGUAGUCGUCAACGGAUUUGUCGGUUUGAUCACCUUCAAGCCAAAGUACAUAGAGCAAAUCUUUGGCCAGGAUGCCUCCAAGGCCGUUUUCAUCAUAGGUGUAACAAACCUGCCGGCAGUGGCUCUAGGCAUCAUCAUUGGUGGGUUUUUGUUGAAGCAUUUCAAGUUAGGAUACGUCGGCGCAACCAGAGUGUCAAUCAGCACCGCCAUCUGCUCCUUUUGUCUGCUGUGUACUCAGUCCUUCAUCACGUGUGACAACGCAGAGGUGGCAGGUCUCACCGUCACAUAUCAGGGGACUCCGAAGGUGUCCUACAACCUGGAUACUUUGCUGUCGCAGUGCAACACUGGCUGUUCCUGUUCGGUGAACCAGUGGGACCCAGUUUGUGCCCAGAAUGGCAUAACGUAUGCGUCGCCCUGCCUGGCCGGCUGCCAGUCCUCCACUGGCACUGGAAAAAAGAUGGUGUUUCACAACUGUUCCUGCCUCGGAGGGUGGAUGGUUCCAGCACAGAACAUGUCGACUGUGUUGGGCCAGUGUCCAAGGAAGAGUAACUGUAAUCACAUGUUCAAAAUCCUCACAGCUUUGUCCACAUUGGGAUCCUUUAUUUCUGGACUCGGGGGCACUGCAGGUUACAUCGUACUGCUCAGGUCCAUAGAAGAAGACCUGAAGUCACUGGCUUUGGGUAUGCAGUCACUGAUAGUUAGAACUUUUGGUGGGAUUCCUCCACCCAUAUAUUUUGGUGCACUCAUUGACCGGACCUGUUUAAAGUGGGGUAGCAAGCCCUGUGGAGGGCGCGGAGCCUGCAGAAUCUACGAUGCCAAUGCAUUUAGACUCUCAUUCAUGGGGUUGGUUUCUGGACUCUACUUCACGUCUUUCCUGCUGUGGGGAUUGCUAUACAAGAGAAUCAUGAACAAAGCGAAUAAGUUAGCGGUGCGCAAUCAAGCCAAAGACAAUACGCCAGAAGAUAACGGACUGGUGAACGGGCAUGCCAGCAUCAACAUUGGGGAAGACAAACAAGACUCAGACAAUGAGAGCGCGGUUUAAAGUGUUUAAAGGGAAGCAACAAGACUGUAUAGAGUGCAUGAACCACAGAGAUUUUCCAUUCUCUAAAUCUUGAGUUGGACCAAACGUGGCAAAGGUACAGUGACGGCGUUCAUUGGGCUUCAAGAAAUUUAUAUUUUAUCUCUCACAAAACUGUUGAGCAAACAGUUUGUUUUUAGUUCCAAGUAACAAAAAUAGUUUUUUCAAAGAAAAUAGGUGCUUUUAUACAAAUAACAGAUUUGCAGACUAGUUGGGGUGCAACAAGAAACUGUGAAACUUAACAACUACAGUAUUUGACAUGUACUCAACUGUAGGCUGUGUAUUGUUAAAAAAAAGUGAGGUUUCCAACACUGACUAUGAAUUAUAUUACCAUGUUCAGACAUUUUUAUUGGGAUUGUGCAAAAUGCAAUGAAAAAUAUGUAAGGCAGAAUGUUCAGGAUGUAGAAACCAGUACUGUCAAGUCAGUUGUUGAACAUUUCAAGUAUUAUUAUUCCAUCUUUUUAAAUUUUGUGUAAGUACUUGUUUGUUCUAUACCUUUUCAAGGAAACAUACUGUGAUUUGAACUGUAUCAUGACCUUGAAACUGUUAUUUGUACAUAAGCGUGAGGCUAGUGUACCGUUACACCAACACAAACUUCCAUCAAAUGUUUCACACAACUAUAAGAUUAUUUUAACGUCACUGAUAUUUUGGCAAA